AUGAUUCGAUUGAUCAUUCUCAUUUCACUUCCAUAUUCACUUGGCGAAAUUUUUAAGGUGUCUCUAUACCCGGUUAAAAGAAGUAGUAUUUGGUCUGGAAUUCAUUCAAAUUACUUUGUGCCAUCGACAAGAAAAUGGAUGAGUGAAGGGAAAAUGUGGACAACGGCUACGUCGGAACGACUAAUUAAUUAUAAAAAUUUUCAAUAUUAUGGAGAGAUAACUGUGGGAACUCCACCUCAAAAGCUUCGUGUACUGUUCGACACAGGAUCAACGGACACUUGGCUAGCCUCAAGGAAGUGUUGGUUUCUCGAUAUAUUCUGUUGGAUGUUUUCAUUCUAUGACAGACGAAACAGCAGAGAAGCUCGCCGGGAACUAUCGUAA